AUGUUUGGCAAGGCGGCGGUGCUGGUGACGGCGGCGGCGGCGGCAGCGGCAACAACAGCGGCGGCGGCUGGCAGGGGGAGGAAGGCCGCAGCCCCCGCGGGGCCGGCCCAGGCGCGGGCUGUCCCAGUGCGUCUGGAUGGGCAACUGGGCUGUGGCGCCAUGGAGCCCGCGCUGAGUUGCAAGAGAAGCCCCAGCCUGCGCUUGGCCGACCUAGCCGCCUUGCACGUUGGCAGCGGCGGCGGCGGCGGCGGCGGCGGCGGCAGCGCCACCAGCGGUGGCGGCUUCCAUCACUUGCACCCGGGGGACUUGGGCUCCUCGGACCCAGCUGCUGCUGCCCCCUUCGGGCCCGAGCACGUGGCGGCGGCCACGGGGGCGCUCAAGCUCAGCCCGGCCGGCCCCGAAGCCACUUUCGCCGCCGCCGCCGCCUCCUCCUCCUCCUCUUCGCAGUCGGCCGGCGCCGGAGUGGGCGCCAACAGCGCGGCGCCCGCCUCAGCCAGCCAUCCUUACGCGGCGGCGGCGGCGGCAGGCAGGGAGCUGGCGCUGAGGCGGGAGCAGGGCGCGCGGGGCGAGCAGCACCUGCAGCAGCAGCACCCGGCGGCCGCCAGCUCGCCCAUGUUCAUCUCCUCCGCAGGCACCUAUGGCGCCGGGGGGGACCCGCACGCCGCCGUCUUUCCGGGGCUGCACGACCACCCCGCGGGCCCCCCCGGCGGCCACCACCCGCUCAACGGGCAGAUGCGCCUGGGGCUGGCCGUGGCCGCCGCCGCCGCCGCCGCGGCCGCCGAGUUUUACGGCCGCGUCGAGCCCUUCCGCCCGUCGUCCGCUGCCGCCGCCGCCGCCGCCUCCGAAGCUUCCUACGGCCCCGCGCCGCACGGCUACCCCGUCAACUUGGCCGCGGCGGCGGCGGCGGCGGCCGCUUUGCAACAGCAGCAGCAGCAGCAGCAGCAGCAGCAGCCCUCGCACCCGCCGGCACAUGCGCACCACGCGCCCCAUCACCACCACCACCACCACCACGCGGGCGCCGCCGCCGCCGCCUUCCUGCGCUACAUGCGGCAGCCCAUCAAGCAAGAGCUGAUCUGCAAGUGGAUCGAGGCCGAGGCGGGCGCGCCGCCCUGCUCCAAAACGUACAGCACCAUGCACGAGCUGGUCAACCACGUCACCGUGGAGCACGUCGGGGGCCCCGAGCAGAGCAGCCACGUGUGCUUCUGGGAGGAGUGUCCGCGCGAAGGGAAGCCCUUCAAGGCCAAAUACAAGCUCAUCAACCACAUCCGCGUGCACACGGGCGAGAAGCCCUUCCCGUGCCCGUUCCCGGGGUGCGGCAAGGUCUUCGCCCGCUCUGAGAACCUCAAGAUCCACAAGCGAACUCAUACAGGGGAGAAGCCUUUUAAAUGUGAGUUUGAUGGCUGUGACAGGAAGUUUGCCAAUAGCAGUGACAGAAAGAAACACUCUCAUGUCCACACCAGUGACAAGCCAUAUUUCUGCAAAGUCAGAGGCUGCGACAAGUCCUACACGCACCCGAGCUCCUUGCGCAAGCACAUGAAGAUCCAUUGCAAAUCUCCACCACCUUCUCCUACCCCAGGAUCUCAUGGCUACCAGACCACGGGGACACCACUGGGUGCCCCACUGUCCCCUCUCCAGGACUCAGGCAGGGGUCGCCCUGCCAACCUUUCUCCUCAGGUCACCAAUCUCAAUGAAUGGUAUGUCUGCCAGGCCAGUGGGGCACCCAACCACCUCCAUACACCGUCUAGUAACACCACAUCUUCCGAAGAGGAAGAGGAGGAGGACGAGGAGGAAGAGACUUAUAGGAACUCUGAGACAAGAACUAUUCAUUAGAACUGGGAGGGAGGGAGAACUUGGGUGAUGGCACACAUGCAUGCCAUCUUGGUUGACUCUGGCUAUUUAUUCAGUAUAUGAAACCCUAUGGUGUUUGUACAUAUAAUUAAUUUAAUUAAGACGUUGGACUUGCUUCUUUUUUUAAUUAUUAUUUUAUUAAAAGGAAGAAUGUUUUAAAAUACACAUCAGACUGGAAUGCAACAGUGACCCAACUUUCAUCUCCCCACCCCAAGUCUAAGGAAGAUGUCAGAAGAGUUGUUCAAUGCAUCUGCAACUUAUGUACUGCCAAUUUGACGGUUCCAUACAAUAGUUUCCCCAAAAUAAUACCAGGAAUGUGGCUUAUGAAUGUAACUUGGAAGCUAAUGGGCUUUCCCUAUGCCAGGAGCUUGCCCACCCAUUUUUGAAAGGUACGUACUUCUAGGCCUCUGCUCCACAACAAACACCUGUUGUGUUUGUUGUGCCAAUUGAUUCCUUGCAUCCAGAUAGAGUAUCUGUACAGUUCACUGCCUUUGAAAUCUUGGUCUUUGGAUUUGCCUAAGAUCUCAAAAUUGAAUUCUUAAAACAUAGCCUUUGGGUUGGGUUUGCAUUGCACUAAAACCAAUGUCAAAACUCUCACUGUUCCUAGUCUUAAGAGAGCAUCCUUACAAAUCAAUACUAAAUAUGUUUACGUGGAAGAUAGGUUCAUUGUUUUAAGUGGAAUUCACUUCCAUGUAAAUAUACUCGGACAGCUGGGGAGUCACAGUCCUGGAUGAAUAGAAUUUCACAAACAGUAUUAGGUAGAUUUGUUGAGUUUUCUUCUUUUGGCCGCCUAACCCCAAACAUGCUUAUUCAGAUGUAGGUUCCAUUGAUUUUAGUGGUGCUUACUUCCAAGUAAGUAUACAUGGAGUUCAGCCUUACAUGUCUCAAUUCUUCAAAUAUUUUUAAUAUUUUUAAAAAUCUCCUUAAGCUCUUCCCCUGAAAAUGAAGAAAAAACUAAAACAGCUGCUAUGUGUCAAUACUAAUGUUGUGAUGAUUAUUGAGGUUUUUAAAAAGAUAUGUUCAAUUGUCCCACUGAUUUCAAUGUUACUUAUAAGUAUCUUAGCAGGACUGGUAUAUAAGUCUUUCUUUUCAGAAGAAUUUGGCUAAAUGAGAAGAUCUGGCUUUUUAUGCUACAUAGCAGACAUCAUGAGACUAAACACACUUUACUUGCGAACCAGUCACAUUGAAUCAGAGUAAAUUGAAUUUAUGAGUAAGCAAUAUUUGGGAAUGAAGCCCGGCCUAUAGUAUUAGGUCAAAAGUCCUGUGAACUUCACAGCUGUGAUGUCAAAAUUUCCCCGAUGA